AUGGACAGACCGAAUCACUUUGAUCUUCCCCCUUCCAUGCGAGCUUUGGAGUAUAGUGAAGCUCGAAAGUUCAGCAUUGUUGAGAAGAGUCUUCCGACAAUUCGCGAGCAUGAUGUUUUGAUCAAAGUAAAGGCCUCUGGAAUCUGUGGUACAGACCUUCAUAUUCACGAUGGUGAAUUUGGAGCCCAGUUUCCCCUUGUCCCUGGCCAUGAGACUGUAGGUGUGGUUGCAGCAUUUGGCAGUGGGGUUCUGGAUUUCAAUAUUGGAGAUCGUGUAGUGGCAGACAACUCUGAGUUGUGCGGACACUGUCAUUACUGCCGCCGAGGCAAGGAGCUUUUCUGCGAGAAUUUUGUCGCCCAUGGUGUUAUGGUUGAUGGAGGAUUCGCGGAGUAUGCCACGUACCCGGCAAACCGAGUCUUCAAAUUCAAAAAUCUCUCAGAUGUGGAUGCGACAUUGUUGGAGCCCGCAGCCUGUGCAGCCCACGGAUUGGACAAAAUCGCUCCCCAAAUGGGUUCCAGUGUACUUUUGUUUGGCGCGGGCCCGACGGGACUUAUUCUGGCUCAGCUUCUUCGUCAAAACGGCGGGUGUCAUACUGUAAUCGCUGCGCCGGCCGGGUUGAAGAUGGAACUUGCCAAGUCUCUCAAUGCAGCCGAUGAAUUUGUGGAACUCCCCCGUGAUGCCCAUGCAUCGGCCGCUAAGAUGGAGGACCUUCGAACCAAAAAUCCAUAUGGCUUUGACAUUGUCGUUGAAGCUACAGGCAACGCUAAAAUUUUGGAAAAUUCGAUCAACUUCGUUACCAAGGGGGGUAAACUGGUAGUAUAUGGAGUCUAUGGUGAAAGCGAUCGCGUCUCUAUACCACCGAACAAGAUUUUCAAAGAGGAGAUAAAUGUCAUAGGGUCAUUCAGUCAGACCUACAAGUUUCCAGCUGCUAUCGACUAUCUUGUGAUACUCGAUAACGUAAUUCCAAAGCGAACCGCCCACCGCAAAACACAUAACUCCAUUUUACGAGCGACUCUAGAGGCCUUCGGGAAGAUUGAGACCUCAAACAAGUACCUCCACCAAGAGAUUGAAGCCAGACACGUCGAGACCUCCAGAUUCCAAUCACAGAUCACUCAGCUUCGCAACGAGCUGAGCCGGUGGGAUGGGAGAUAUAAGGAAGAGACGAAGAGCUACAAGGAUGCAUGGGUGGAGAUGCAGAAGAAAAUAGAGGAAUUCAGACAAACGGCUGCAACAACGAACUUGACAGCAUGCACCUGUCAUGGCCGCUACGAAGAGCUGCCCGCGGAGCGCCAAUCGCUCCGCACCGCGGUGACCUACCCGAACCGGAAGCCUUUACCGUCACCACUAUAA